UGCUCGACUGUGAUCCACAUCUUAAUGAUACCAAAGAGUUGAUCAAUGAGUUGAAUAGAAGCAAUGGACUAUUCAAAUUUGUCAGAAGUAUGAGAGAGAAGUUUCAACAAUCAGCAGCAUGUGGAAUUUUUCCUCAAGCUACCUCUAUUGAUCAGGACUCUUCCAUAAUCUCUGUAUCUGCCCCAGUUUCUUCAGUUUCGACUGACAGAAGUGAAUCUCUAGCCAAGACAACAGAGCUUCAACUUGGAGAAAACAACACAGUUUCCAGGAAAGUUAACCAUGGCAGAGGUGGUAAACUGGCAAUUCUGUCUCCCGGUUCUGCUUCAUCACUUCGCCGAUCCCCACGCUUUAAGGUGAAGAAAUGAAGAUGAAGCUAAAGGCUGUGCUGCCUGUUCAUAUGAUCACUUGCUUUAACAGGCUUCCUUAGCCCUAAUUCUUGACUUAUGGAGUGUGUAAACAGUAAAUAUAAGGCGAAGAUCUUAUUUGCUUUCAUUGAUGUUUUUAAAAGCAGAGUUGGAGAUCUCCAAAUGUCAAAAGUGAGGAUAUUCAAUUGACACAACAGUGUCGUGGUGUUUCUAGAAUUGACAUGUUAUGUAUUAUUAGCAUUUGGGCAUGGAAUGCCUGGGCAAUAAUUCUGUAAAGUGCAUUAUUAAAACUUGGUCGGGUUAUUUUGAUGUUAUUGUAAUCGUUUGAUUUUGCUUGUUA